AAUAACUAUUAAUCAAAGCACAAUAUAAUAAGUACCAUAGGAAAGCCACAAUCAAGUGUUGUUAUGGAGGAUGAGAGGAAGAAAGCAAUAUAUUGAAUAGGUGCAACCUCAGUCAAAAUGAGACCUGUUGAAGAACUUAGCUUUAAAAAGCCAAGUUCUCCUACUACAUCCAAGACCAUCUCCCAUCAUUCAAUUGUUCCCUAUGGGCUAUAGUAUCAAAUCCAGACUCCUUACAUCUAUUUGUAGAUGUCGGCCCAACCUACUUUUGCAAUUUUAUCUCCUACUUUUUUCCUGUAAGUCCCUGCUGUUCCAGACCAAAUAGACUGCUUCUUGUUACUCAAAUAUGCUUGCAUCUAUAUGCCCCCAUGCCUUUACAUCUGCUUCUACGUCCACCUGGAAUGCCUCCUCUCAAGUUUCUUUCCUUUUAAAAUUCUAUUGUCGCUUCAAGUUCCAGCUCAAAUGCCAUUUUCCUCAAGAAUCUUUCUCUUCCCAUGUAUAGUCCUCUCUUCCCAAACUAGAUUGCUCCAUCCUGAAAAACCUGGAAAGACUUACAUGAACUGAUGAAAUCAGGAAUUUAGAGAAUGGGCUGUGUCCAAUGUAAGGAUAAAGAAGCAGCAAAACUGACAGAGGAGAGGGAUGGCAGCUUAAACCAGAGCUCUGGCUAUCGCUAUGGGACAGACCCCACUCCCCAGCACUACCCUAGUUUUGGCGUGACCUCCAUCCCCAACUACAACAACUUCCAUGCAGCCAGUGGCCAAGGGCUGACUGUCUUUGGAGGCGUCGGUUCUUCUUCCCACACCGGGACCUUGCGGACAAGAGGAGGAACAGGUGUAACCCUUUUUGUGGCCCUUUACGACUAUGAGGCACGAACGGAAGAUGACCUGAGUUUUCAUAAAGGAGAAAAAUUUCAAAUACUCAACAGCUCUGAAGGAGACUGGUGGGAAGCCCGUUCCCUGACAACAGGAGAGACUGGCUAUAUUCCCAGCAAUUAUGUGGCUCCAGUUGACUCUAUUCAAGCAGAAGAGUGGUACUUUGGAAAACUUGGUCGCAAAGAUGCAGAAAGACAACUCUUGUCCUUUGGAAAUCCACGAGGUACCUUUCUUAUCCGAGAGAGUGAAACCACCAAAGGUGCCUAUUCACUUUCUAUCCGUGAUUGGGAUGAUAUGAAGGGAGACCAUGUCAAACAUUACAAGAUCCGAAAACUUGACAAUGGUGGCUACUACAUCACCACAAGAGCCCAGUUUGAAACUCUUCAGCAGCUCGUCCAGCAUUACUCAGAGAGAGCUGCAGGCCUUUGCUGCCGCUUAGUAGUCCCCUGUCAUAAAGGAAUGCCGAGGCUUACUGAUCUGUCUGUCAAAACCAAAGAUGUCUGGGAAAUUCCACGUGAAUCCCUUCAGUUGAUCAAGAGACUGGGAAAUGGGCAGUUUGGGGAAGUAUGGAUGGAGAAAGCUGAUGGUUUGUGUUUUAACUUAACUGUGGUUGCCUCGAGUUGUACUCCACAAACCGUUGGAUUGGCUAAAGAUGCAUGGGAAGUUGCACGGGAUUCAUUGUUACUGGAGAAGAAGCUUGGUCAGGGGUGUUUCGCUGAAGUGUGGUUUGGUACCUGGAAUGGGAAUACAAAAGUGGCCAUCAAGACUCUUAAGCCUGGCACAAUGUCUCCAGAAUCCUUCCUCGAGGAAGCCCAGAUCAUGAAGAAACUGAAGCAUGAUAAACUGGUCCAACUUUAUGCUGUGGUGUCUGAAGAGCCAAUCUACAUUGUCACGGAGUACAUGAAUAAAGGGAGUUUGCUGGAUUUCCUAAAAGAUGGAGAAGGGAGAGCCCUGAAAUUGCCUAACCUGGUGGACAUGGCUGCACAGGUUGCUGCAGGUAUGGCUUAUAUUGAGCGGAUGAAUUACAUUCAUAGAGAUCUGCGAUCAGCAAACAUUCUGGUCGGGAAUGGGCUCAUAUGCAAGAUAGCUGAUUUUGGAUUAGCCAGAUUGAUUGAAGACAAUGAAUAUACAGCAAGACAAGGUGCAAAGUUCCCUAUCAAGUGGACGGCCCCAGAAGCAGCCCUCUAUGGAAGGUUCACUAUCAAGUCUGACGUGUGGUCCUUUGGAAUUUUACUCACAGAGCUGGUAACCAAAGGGAGAGUUCCCUAUCCAGGCAUGAAUAACCGUGAAGUUUUGGAGCAAGUGGAACGUGGGUACAGGAUGCCGUGUCCUCAGGACUGCCCUAUCUCCUUGCAUGAGCUUAUGAUUCACUGCUGGAAAAAAGAUCCCGAGGAGCGCCCUACCUUUGAGUACUUGCAGGGUUUCCUGGAAGACUACUUUACUGCAACAGAACCCCAAUACCAACCUGGUGAAAACCUGUAAGUCAUAUGGCCUGUCUGCAGAAAACAUCCUCCAGGUGGUCAUUUCCCCCCCUUUUAGCUUCCAAUUCAGUAGCUCGCUGCUCUUGGAGCAGUGUGGAAUCUUCCAGGACCAGAGUGCAUGUGAGUCUGAAGUCUGAACAACCACACCCCUCAUCGAUGACCACUUGUCCCCAAAUCUGAAUGUCCUCUGUGAAGAAUAAGAGACACAAACUUGUUAACUUCUCAAGACUUUUGAAAAUGCAUUGUAUCGAUGUUAUGUAAACGGCAAAACCUCUAUUCAGUGUAAAUAGUUACUCAGUGCCAAUAACUGACCCUAGUGCUUUCCUUUUUUAAAUGCAAAUCUUAUGUGAUUUUAACUCUGUCUUCACCUGAUUCAACUAAAAAAACGAAAAGUAUUAUUUUCCAGAAGUGGCCUCUUUGUCUAAAACAAUAAACUUUUUUUUCAUGUUUUAACUAAAGAAAAUCAGGACAGGUGUUCGUUUUUUGUUUUUUUGGGUUUUUUUAAAUAAAUAUAAAUAUAUAAAUAUAUAUAUAUAAUAUAUACAUACCUGUACAUACAGUAUGUGGGUACUACUGCAGAAAACUUGUUGCCAAACAACGGGCCGCAUGGUUGCAGUACCCAGAGAGUGAUAAUUUUACUGCAAACAUUAAAAAAGAAAAAAAAGAAAAAAAAAAGGCAACACUGGUGUUAUUCUGAAAACCAGUGGUCUAAUUUUUGGCUUUUGCCAAGCAUGAACUUUUUUUAAUUGGAUUGCACUUUUUUGUUUGUUUGUUUCUGACUGUACCUGUAGAUGGUUGUAACUUUUACUCCUUUCAGGAACCACGUGCUGGAUUUAUGGUUGUUUCCCAAUGUUUGACAGCCAUGUUUUACAGGAUUUGUUCAUCAAACAAGAGUGAACCUCUUAAAGCAAGAAAACACACCAUAUGACCAGCCAAACUGGAAGAUAAAUGCUACAAGUACUCCUUGUAAAAAAAAAAAAAACUGUAUACUGAAAUAAUUCAAAAGAAAAUUUUUUUUAAUUUAAUAAACAUUGUAACCACAUUUAAUGGUCUAAAACCCAUAGCAUUUUAGUCAUGUCAACCCACUAAACUGUUUAUCAUGCAGAUAGGAUUUUCUGGGGGAGAUUUGUGCACCAUUUCCCAUUGUAAAAUACAUGUUUUAAAUGUCCUGUACUGCUAAUGAAAUUUCUUUCUCUAUGUCUGAGAGUUCUCCAGUGGAAUUACUAUGCACUUCUUUACGUUUCAUGGGGAUGCACAGAACAAAGUAUUAUGUUCUCUCAUUGUCUAUUUGUACCAGCCUCGAAUUACUUAUAUUUAACCAAAAAAUGAAAAUGAGCAAAAGGAAAAAAAAAACACACAAAAAACAAACAAAAAAACCAACCUCCUAUUUCUAUUGAGUUUUUUAAUACUAAGUUGCAAAUUUUGGAGUCUUAAUUACUUUUUUGUUAUGAUUUCUUUGCAAGUUUACAUUUUUAAAUUGUUUAACUUUCUUAAUUUAGUAAUUAAAAAAAGAACAUUUUA